GCAAAGCAGAACUCUGGGGUUCAGCCUGAAGACACGCUGCUGUUUGAGGCCACAUCGAUCAGCCUUUUGUUGUGAUUGACAGCAGAUGUGAAGCAGACACCUCAGAUGCUGGCGGAUCCGCCACCUCCGACUCUUUGCCCUGUUUCUGCACGAGUUCCACUGAACAUCUCGCUUCCUGUGAUGAUCACAAACAGGCCGAGCAUUUGAGUUUGAAAUCCAAACAGAGCAUUUCCAGGAGAAACCUCAGUGACGUUCACGUCACCGACCCCGGGGUUCGUCUGAAGGUCAGGCUCUGCAUCGCUCGUCUCUUCGGUUUAUUUCUGACCUCAGCUGAUGUUUGUUGAUGAAAAGGUGACUCCUCAUUCGCAGAAGGUUGAAUUGUGUUCCUGUUUUCUGUCCUGCAGCAGACACUUUUAGUUUUGGAAUUAAAGCAGAACUAAACUCACUUUCUGUUCUGGAGUCAUAGUUUUCCUCAGAUCUCUCUACUCUUGAUCCUUUAGUUCUCCAUGCCUCUGCUUAGUGCAGAGCCAUUCUGUCCCACUCCCCUCCAGGAUCCCUCCUUCCUGUGGACCCCCCCUGAGCUGUCUUUAGGAGUUUAUCCUUGCAGAGAAGGAGGGUCUAUAAGGGCAGGGAUGUUGGUUUAGUCUAGAUUAGCCAUCACGCGUUGAAUUCUGGGACUUGGUGUUUUUUCACAAAUAUCACAGGCGUGAAGCCCAUUGAGGCGCCUGUUGGUGCAAACAUUGGGCCAAAGAAAUACAAUUGAAUUAAAAUUGAAUCAGAUGAACCAACAGAACUUUUGGUCUUUUUACUGUAAAUGUGAAAAGUGGGGAGAUCACGUGAUCUGCCGUGGUGGCGCGUGUGCCCUGACACGGUCAGGGUUACGUUCAAACCAGAUGAAAACUGCGCCGCUUUUGCGCACGGAGAAUCCACCAUCACGCACGCGGGCAGCGUGUGGGGUUGCUUUUCUCUAGGCUGCCGGCGGCUUCUUCUUCAUGGGGUGGGGGCUUCAAGAGUCUCCAUAACCACAGGCUGCCCUCCAUUUCCCGGCGUUAUGUCAGAAAGUGCAGGAGAAGCAGCCCGACGUCUCGGGAGCUAUUCGUGGGCAGUGGUGCCACACUGGGCUGGGGGGGGGGGAUUUGAAUGCAGCUUCUACCGGGAGCAGUUCAGCCACUUCUCCAUUCAUCCUCUGGCGCGCGGGGAUCGGCUCUGCCCGCAGCUUUCUCCGCAUGACCGCGCUGCGCUCUUGGCACAGUUGCGCACGAACGCAGCAGAGACGCUGGGAGGAUCACGAGCACACCGCUCCACGCUGCAGCCUCCAGCAAACAUUAGGACACCAUGAAGCCGCGCGGACACUCCUGCAGCCUUUCUGCUGUGUGAUUGUUGUCUGAUCCCCGGAACGUCAUGCCCCACGCCCGGAACAGGAACCCCAGCCCCAUCCCAGAGGUGACGUGGGACACGGGCUCCAAGGAGAUGAACGAGACCUGGAAAGGAGCGAUCGCCUGUCUGGGGGUUGCUGUCUUCUUCGUGAUGACCAUCGGGAUCAUUUACUGGCAAGUGGUGGACCAGCCCAACAAAAACUGGAUCCUCAGGGGGGCUUUCAGCGGACUGAUCUGGGAGCGGAGGACCCACUCGCUGGUCAUCCAGACUCUGGCGGAGGACCGGACCUUCGUGGAGAUAGAUGUCGGGAACGUCGGGAACCCCGAUACCGAGGUUCCGUUCGUGAGGAAUCUGUGCUGGCUCAACAAAACCGAGUUCUGCUACACGUGGGACUCGGUGGCAGACGUGAAGAUCUCCCUGGAGCCGGGGGAGGACUCGGACGCGGAGUGCUACAGCAUGGUGUGGGCGCCGGUGCAUUGCCAUGUGGAGCUGAAGAGCUGCUUCUCCAUGGUCAACGUGUCGUGGUACGGGGGGGCCAGCGUGCGGGGGCAGACCUGGCCCAUCAAUGACCAGAACGUCACCAUGCAGCCCUUCGUGGUCAGCGACCUGAGGAACGCCCCCCACGGCUUUGGCUCGGUGCUGGAACGCUACUUCCUGGGUUCCUCAGGUGUGGCGGUGCUGGUUCCCCCCGACAUCCCCCUGCAGCUGGGCCUGGACAGUCGGCAGCAGUUCUGCCUGCAGUCCCGGGCGGGUCUGGAGCGCCCCCUGCUGCAGUACAGCGUGUGUGUUGCUCCCCACCUCCGGGCCGCUCACCAGGGGGCCCAGCAGCAGCUCCUGCAGCGCAGCAGGGAGCUGCCCAGCAUGAGGGCGCUGUGGCUGCCCUUUUGGAAGCUGCUCACCAAUGUGGACUCAGGGCUGAAGGUGGAGAGGGAGCUGAGGACCUUCUCUAACCGUCUGAGGAGACACCAGCUGGGGGAGGGGGUCAUCAGCCUCAGCGAGCAUUCCACCACCCUCCUCUCUGAAAUGGACCACGACUUCCUCAGCGGCAGGAAAAGGGGGCCGUCCAAGACCAGGGACCUCCCACUUGUGAAGCUUCUCAACAUUUCCAUCACCCUGUCCCCCUUCAUGGGGGUGGACAGCACACGGUUCCACUCCUCCCUGACUGACGGUACUGAGGCGUACUGGCUUGGCCUGCCCUCGACCCCCCAGGGAAAGCUGAUUCCCAUAAUGAGUCGGUGGCGAGGGAACUUCUGCGUGAAACUGAAUCUGACCAACCCCGGCGCUGUGAGCUGGUUCCUGGACCGACUCGGAUUGCUGCAGGCCCAUUUAGGAAUGGAGUACGUCACGCUGGAAGGCGGGGAGGGGGAUCUGUUUGAAGAGCAGGCCCUGCGGCCCCCACCGGCUCUGGCAGGAGACAAGUACAUCGCACUGCUGGCUGACCUGGCCACUAUGAUGGGAGACUCCACCGUCAUGACCGCCGCCACACGGUCCAGCCACAAGCCGCUGUUCGUGAGGAUGCCGCCGCUGCAGUCCGACUGGAGCUCGCUGGGACUGAGGGCGCUCAUCCCCUCCCUGCUGCACCACUCGCUCCUGGGAUACAACUUCCUCAUUCCAGAUGCCGUCGGAGGCUCUCUGUCGGCAGAACCGGUCUCAGAUGAGGAACUGUUCAUCCGCUGGCUGGAGAUUGCAGCCUUUCUCCCCGUUAUCUCCUUCUACACCCCUCCAUGGGUCUGCGGAGAGGACCAGCUGCUGAAUCUGACUCGGACCUACAUCGCAAAGCACCAGAAGGAAGUGGUCCCACUGAUUAAGAAAUAUGCAGAGGAGUGGCAGACGACAGGAAAGCCCAUCUAUCGUCCCAUGUGGUGGCUCAGUCCUACUGAUCCCACCACGUUCACCAUUGAUGACCAGUUCUUGAUUGGAGACGAGGUCCUGGUGGCCCCGGUGGUGGAGAAGGGGGCCGUGCAGAGGGAUAUUUAUUUACCCGACGGAGGCUUCCAGUGGCAGGACAGCCGGGACGCACAGAUGUUUGACGGGGGGACGUUUCUGCAGGACUACCCUGUUCCUCUGGAGCAGGUUGCUGUUUUCUUUCGGAGAAGCUGAGUCCACCGGCAGCGUCUCCUUCCUUAUCCAGUUACUGUUUCAAUGAGGUCACUUCUUUUCAAAAGGACUUGUGGUCUUGUCAACAUGCACUUUUAAACUAGAGACCAUCCAUCCUGAGUCAAGCCCUGCCUCCAGGUGAUUUUUAAAAAUGUUUACUUGCACUUUAUAGUUCAAAUUGUGGCUUUGUUUUGUUGCAUUUUCCUCCGUUAAAAAACAAGGUGUUAAUCAGACUUACCUCUUUGUUCUCUUGGUUCUGGGAUUUUUGCAGAGUUUCUAAAGAAUUGUGCGUUUAAAUGCCUUUUUUCUACAGUCUUUCACAUUUUAGUUGCUGCUACCCAGAGAUUGGGAGGAACAAAGACCCGAAACAGUCAGAUUUAUUCACAAAGACCAAAUGUUGAAAUGAAGUCAAAAAAGUUUUUUUGUUAGGCCCAAAGUUUCUGUGAAGAUCUCUGGAUGAAGAAAGCUGCAAGCAUGGAUGCCAUAAAACCCAAGUCUUCCUCACUCUGAAGGUGUUUUUUUACCUGAAAUGACCAGACGUCUCCUGAAUGUAACUGUUCCAAAGCCUUCGUCCAUUUCAUGCCAUCAAGCUCUCAGUGAUCCUCCUGGAACGUUUCAGUUUCUGUGCUGGACAUACCUGAAUGUCUGCUCAGAGGAAGCUGAGGCCACCGUCUUAGCCGUAAUGCCAGUCUGUGCAGCAGAGCUCCGUUCUUUAAACGGCCAACAGACGUGUUAAAAGGCUCCUUCAUCACCGAGGAGAAAGCUUAGGAAAGUCAACAGGACAAACUGGUGGUUUGGUAGAACGCGACCUUUGUUUGAAGUGUUCAUGUGCUGAUCUUCCUCUGAGUCCACCCAGAAAGACGUCUGUCUUCACGCUGCCUUUGACUGGCCGGCAGACGCGUCUUCAAUGAUUCAACCACCGCAGUAGCUGGUCGAACAGGUUAACGUCCAGGUGGAUGAAGCUAAUCUGGUUACUGAAUGUCUUAUGUCAGAAUGUGGCGAACACACUGACGACUUAAUCUCUUCAGAGCAGAACGUCUACCAGAUGAGCUGUGAUCUUCCAGAACCGGAGCUUUCCUAGUUUCCACGUUGAGGUUUUUUUUAAAGAAUUGCUGUGUUUCAUUCAUCAAAAGCUUGAUUUGUUCUCCCGUUCUUUAAUCAACUGAGCUUCUUUGCCAUCUGUCUUACUAACAAGCCUCUUCAAAUCUGGGUAGAUGGUCUGGAUUUGGGGGUUUGGGAGAAUCUCCAUGACUGUGUUGUCUGUGAAUCAAGAAUGUAGAAAGACAAAGUUGCAAUAAAGUUUACAUUUUUCCCAUA